AUGAGUAAUGGAGAUACAAUGAAACGAAAACUUAGCGGCGAAAAUGGUGAAGAAGCUACAGAACCAGCAAUUAAAAGUAGCAAGACUCAUAUUCAGUGCCCGUAUUUGGAUACUAUUAACAGGCAUGUGUUGGAUUUUGAUUUCGAAAAAUUGUGCUCUGUUUCUCUUACAAGAAUAAAUGUAUAUGCUUGUCUGGUCUGUGGGAAGUACUUCCAGGGCCGUGGUACUAACACUCAUGCAUACACCCAUUCUGUAGCAGAAAGCCACCAUGUGUUCCUCAAUUUGCAUACUCUUAAAUUUUACUGCCUACCAGAUAAUUACGAAGUCAUUGAUUCAUCUCUCAAUGACAUAAAGUAUGUUUUGAAUCCCAUCUUCACUCCGGAACAAAUAAAACAGUUGGAUCAAAAUAUUAAAAUGUCAAGAGCAAUAGAUGGAACCAUGUAUAUGCCCGGUAUAGUUGGACUAAACAAUAUCAAGGCCAAUGACUAUUGUAAUGUUAUAUUACAGUGUUUGGCACAAGUAAGACCACUACGUAAUUACUUCUUACGGGAAGAAAACUAUGCGGAUGUGAAAAGGCCGCCUGGUGAUUCUUCUUUCCUUUUGGUGCAAAGAUUUGGUGAACUUUUACGUAAGCUCUGGAAUCCCAGGGCAUUUAAAGCCCAUGUGUCUCCUCAUGAGAUGUUGCAAGCUGUUGUAUUAUGGUCCAAAAAGAGAUUCCAAUUUAUCAAACAGAGUGAUCCAAUUGAUUUUCUAUCUUGGUUCCUGAACUCACUCCACAUGGCUCUGAAUGGAACUAAAAAGCCAAACAGUUCCAUAAUAUAUAAAUCUUUUCUUGGUCACAUGAGGAUAUAUACUAGGAAACUACCUCCCCCAGAUGCUGAUGAAGCUGCAAAUGUGGACUUAAAUAGUGAAGAAUAUAAUGAAAUGAUAACAGAGUCACCAUUUCUCUAUUUAACAUGUGACUUACCACCAACACCACUUUUUACUGAUGAAUUUAGGGAAAAUAUUAUCCCUCAGGUCAAUCUCUAUCAACUCUUGUCAAAGUUUAAUGGGCAAGCAUCAAAAGAAUAUAAAACAUACAAGGAAAAUUUCCUAAAAAGGUUUGAAAUAACCCAACUGCCACCAUACCUAAUAUUAUAUAUAAAGAGAUUCACGAAAAACACAUUCUUUGUGGAAAAGAAUCCCACUGUUGUAAAUUUUCCUGUUAAGAAUGUUGAUUUUGGAGAUAUACUUACACCUGAAAUAAAAGCAAAGCACAAUGGCAAAACAAUAUAUGAGCUUGUUGGUAAUAUAGUACAUGAUGGAACUCCUGAGAAAGGCACUUAUAGAGCUCAUGUGCUGCAUACACCUACACAGCAAUGGUAUGAAAUGCAAGAUCUUCAUGUAACCAGCAUUUUACCCCAAAUGAUCACACUCACAGAAGCUUAUAUACAAGUGUAUGAAUUGAAACAGGAUUAA